AUGCAUUCAGUCGAAAUGCAAAAAAGUGUAUCAGUGCAAGUAAAUAGUGAUUUCGCGCUUUUCCUACCCAGCGGGGUGUACGAAAUUACAAAAAUGGAGCCACGAUCAAAACUUCGAAAAGUGAUAUUGUUUUGCUUACUACUUUCACUUUUUGGGAUGGUUGCAUUUGGAUAUUUUUGCCCUGAUCAGGUUUGCGUCGUAUCGCCCAGGGAGAGGGUGGCGGAGUCCCUCGCCCUCACGUACGCGGAGGCGCCGGGACGGCCGCUGCCCGACGCGAUCGUGCAGCCGGGCCUCUCGUACGACGAGGUGCUCCAUGAUGACUUCAGAUUUGACCUCAACGCCCACGAUGUUAUGGUCUUUCUACAUAUACAGAAGACCGGAGGCACGUCGUUUGGACGGCACCUCGUUAUGGAUCUCGAUCUGAAGAGACCGUGUAACUGUCAACGAGCGCGAAAACGCUGCCAUUGUUUCCGACCGCACAGCAACGAAAUAUGGCUGUUUUCGAGAUACUCCACCGGCUGGAAGUGUGGCCUUCACGCUGACUUCACAGAGUUGACUGCGUGCGUGGGAGGAGAGUUAGAUAGGCACGAAGGUUCCGCCGUGCAUAGAAGAUACUUCUACAUUACUCUUCUCAGGGAACCUGUGUCAAGGUACUUGUCUGAAUAUAGACACGUAAAGCGCGGCGCCACAUGGAAGGGUUCAAGACACUGGUGUCAAGGACGAACCGCCACUGCGGCCGAGGUGCCCUCGUGCUACACGGGGGAGUCGUGGCGGGGAGUGACGCUCGAGGAGUUCACCGGGUGCCAGUGGAACCUGGCCAACAACCGGCAGACACGCAUGUUGGCGGACCUGGCGCUGGUCGGCUGCUACAACGGCACGCUGCGACACCGCACCAGCGAUAUAGACCGGGUGCUGCUGGCGUCCGCGAAGCGAAACCUGGCGGCGAUGUCGUAUUUCGGGCUCACCGAGUUUCAGAAGAUAUCGCAGUACGUGUUCGAGGAGACGUUCAACCUCCGUUUCGCGGUGCCGUUCACGCAGCACAACGCGACCGUGUCGGGCGCGACGCUCGCGGCGCUGUCGCCCGCGCAGGUCGCGCACAUCAAGCGGCUCAACUCGCUCGACCUCGAGCUCUACGAGUUCGCCAAGAAUCUCAUGUUCAAGAGAUUCGAAGCGUUAAAGAAACGGGACAGUGAUUUCGAGUUCCGAUGGCGGCACCUCGGCGAGGUCGCGCCACGGAACGGCGUCACCGAGUUCGACUGGGACAGCAACAUAGAAGACGCCACCACCGAGAAGAACAAAGCAGGCAAGUAAUGCCGCCUUUGUUUUAGAAAGGGCAUGGCGUAAUGCCGCCGUUGUUCUAGAGGAGACAGUAAUGCCGCCGCCGUUCUAGAAAGGGGACCGAGUAAUGCCGCCGUCGAUCUAGAAAGGGGGAAGCGAUAGUGAAAAAUGGAAUUUCGCGUCUUCUAUGAUGUACGGUGGGGUUCAAAACCCCGCCCGAGUGCGUCGUUAGCUAUAAGAAAAUUAUUAGUAAAUUGUCCUGUGUUGGUAAAAAAUUGUGUGAUCUAUAAAUAUGAUUAUAAUUAAAGAUAAUGCCAAUGAAAUUAUCCAAUUCACUUCAAAUAUAUACUGAAAUAAUUAUAGUUUAAUUUACAUAAUAUUAAAAAUGAACAAGGUCACACUAUUUUUACCAAAUACAAAGGCAGCAAAAAAUAUAUGUCGGUGACGUCACACGGGUGGCAUAGAUAAGUUAUUGAUUAAAAGUUAUAUUCGUCGAGUGCAUUCGCUAGUCAUUCGAUAAAUAAUCACCCUUCGUGAACAAGUUGUAUACAUUCGUUAGCAUUUAAUUUUUAUAAAUAACUUCUACGACAGUUGUGAAAUAUAUUCUGUACAAAAAAUAUACCUGAAAAUGAAACCUGACAGCUAUUAAUAUUAUUUAAUUUCAAUAUGGCAAUCUCAACAUUCGUAAUUUAGUGUUGCAAUGUACAUAUUUGUUUUAAGGCAUUUAUUUUUAAUG